AGAGCCUGGAUGCGGGACUAGGGAGGGGUUCGUCUAUUCCGAAAAAGUGACAUGGAAGCCUGUAUUUGCAUCGGUUGCCGACCGAACUAGUAACGACUCAACCGUGAUCAGUCUCUUAGGGCUGGGCUAUAUUGCCAGAGCAUAUCAUCUUUGCCUGUCAUACGAAAUCGACAUUUAGUUGCGGUUUCCUGUUGGCAUCAUUGUGGGAGUUGUCAGUUGUGGAAAUUGUUUUCGAGCUCUCGGGCAAGUCGACUGGGCGUUCGUGACUGUUAUUUGCGAAAAGAAAAUAACUCAACAUACCAGACACACCUCACGGAUAGGCAGUUGGAAGGAAUAUCUCUCUGACUGUGGUUUUUCAACCCUGCUAGCGUUUCGUUCGCCGCAGCCAUGACGUCCAAAAAGCUCUACGGUAAAGACUUGAAAGAAUUCGACGAUGUGGAUGUCGACGACCUUCUCACCCAACUAUCGGCCGAAGAAUUGGAAAUCCUCUCCAAAGAAGUCGAUCCUGAUGACCGGUUUAUGCCUCCUGAUCAACGAACCAACUACCACUGCGAACGUGAAGCCACCGGCCCAGUCAACCGUAAGCAGUUAAUCGACCACAUUAACAAGAUUGCACUGGAGACUCCCGACCAACCUGAAAGCGUGCCAUUCGUUGCUGGAGUCGUCCGUGGCAAAAAGUGGAUACCUCCGGAAGCGCCGGUCAUCGCCACCCGUGAGGAUGAAGGAGUCUCAUUCAACCUGGAGGAUGAGUACGAGCAAGCACUGGGCACGGCCACUGAAGAGGAGCUGGUCGACUUGGCAGCUAUUCUGGGAUUCCAUUCGAUGAUGAAUCAGGAUCAGUACCACGCGUCACUCCUUAACAAGGGCAAAGUGGGUUUGGGUUGGGAUGGCGUAACGAAAGCCUCGCAACCCAAAGCUCUACCUUACGAGCCUCCCAAUAUGACAGAUCCGGAACAAUCUAUCCUCAAAGUUUAUGACGACGAUAGCAAAACAAUUGAAUUAUGCUUCAACAAUAUCAAUUUGACAGACGACCAGUUCGACCGACUGUUUAAAGCGCUGGAGAUCAACACGCGCUUGGAAGUCCUUAGUCUCAGCAACACUGGCCUUACAGAUCGCACAGCUGAAAAAUUGGCCGCGGCUCUAGAGAAAAAUGCCACAUUACGCGUUAUCAACAUUGAAACCAACCAAGUGAGCGCUAAUGGAAUCGUCAGGCUCGUAAAGAGCUUAUUGGUACAAAAGAAUAUCGAAGAAUUCCGCGCCUCCAACCAGUUAACAGCCCAUGUUCUGGGUAACAAAGCAGAAAUGGACAUCACCCAAUACAUCGAGCAGAACCCGACGCUGAUGCGAGUGGGGCUCUUUUUCGAGUUCAACGACGCCCGGAGUCGAGUAGCCACGCAGUUGCAAAAGAACAUUGACCGCAAUCGUUUGCGUCGCACGGGCCGCGCUCCUCGCAAUUUGACAGCUGGCUACAUCCUGAAGAAAGACACUCCCAAUACGAAAAAAAGCAACACUGGGCAAGAAUUCAAAGUAUUAAAUGGAGUUUUACUUGCUAACGAAGGUUCUAGUAACCAUUCCGUUAAAUAUGUGGAUGCAAUCCCCCUGUUCCAUCAUAAUUUAGGGCUAGCUCCAAUGUUAGAAGUGGCCUUAAUGCAGAUUGAUAGCUACUGCCGUACUGCUGGACUAGUCAUAGCUGGAUAUUAUCAUGCCAGUGAGGCAGUUGCAGAAAUGAGUCCAGAUAUUGUUAGUCAAAGAAUUUGCGAGAAAAUUGCUGAGUAUUUCCCAAGUGCAUGUCUAGUUUUGAUAAACAACCGUCAACUUGCAAAGCAAAUGACGCAUACUUCACUCAGUGUUGUUCAGUAUUGUGAUGGAGGAAAAUGGAAAGUCAAAGACAAAGAAAACUUCAAGAUUCUUCCCAACAAUGACACAGCAUUGGAUUCAGUUUCAAGUUUGCUUUCCAAGAAGCUUUAUAAAAAACUUGUCGAUUUUGAUGACCAUUUUGAUGAUAUUAGUCAAGAUUGGCUGAAUAAAAACAACAUGGCGGCUGUCAAACUUAAAUUUUCAUCAGCCCUUUCAUCGUCUGAUCCGCAUACAAAUCCGGUCGUUAUAAUUGGCAUUCCUAAGAAUCUUGCCAAAAUCAACUACCAUGACAUAAAUGUGAAGUUUGGGGCAAGAAUACCUGAAGAGACUUUCUCCUCAGCCUUGAAUGCUGUUCAAUCAAGUCCAGAUGUUUGCCCUUUAUACUUGAACUCCGCAACUCUAUCUCCUCUUCCUACAAAAUGUAGCAGGCACAAUGCCCCUUCAAGAUCCCAUGCAAUCACUAAAUGUGUGCGUUCAGCAGCUGUCUCUGGAAAAGACAGUUUCAUUGUGAUUGCUUGUGAAAAACAAGAUGUUUUCCCUUCAGCCAUUGCAGUUGCUAGAGCAUACCCACUCUAUUCAAAAAAGACAAAUCUAUCGAAUAAAUUGCCAGCUGGAAGUACAAGUUCAGAGAAAUUACCAAUCACUGUGACUGUUGAGUACCUGUUAGUUGGCAAUGCUAGCCCCCUGACUGAAGAUGAAUGCCUAAUGCUAGAGAGAGCUGCAGAAUCUGUACGAACUACCGCUCGUAUAGUCGACACUCCAUGCAAUGAAAUGAACACCGACCACUUCCUUGAGGAAAUCAGCAUAGUUGCAAAAGAACUGGGGAUUGAGCCGUUCGUUAUUCGUGAUAAAGAACUUGAGAAUCAAGGAUUUGGUGGUAUUUAUGGAGUGGGAAAGGCUGCUUUGAAUCCGCCUGCUCUUGCCGUUUUGAGUCAUCUGCCUAAGGGGGCUACUAAAACCAUUGCGUGGGUUGGUAAAGGAAUAAUGUACGAUACAGGUGGUUUGUCGAUCAAGGGCAAGACAGCUAUGCCAGGAAUGAAGCGCGACUGUGGAGGGGCGAGUGGGAUUUUAGGCGCUUUUCGUCUGGCUGUCCUGACCGGCUUUAAGGAAAAUUUACACGCCGUGUUUUGUUUGGCAGAGAAUUCUGUCGGCCCAUUGUCGACUCGGCCGGAUGAUAUUCAUACACUAUAUUCGGGUCGAACGGUCGAAAUCAACAAUACGGAUGCAGAAGGCCGCCUGGUUCUGGCGGAUGGCGUAUUCUACGCUCAUAAAGACUUGAAAGCUGACAUUAUUCUAGAUAUGGCAACUCUAACAGGAGGCCAGAGUGUUGCGACAGGUAAACAACACGCCGCUGUGCUUACCAACAACGAGCACUGGGAAAAAGCAAUGGUUAAUGCUGGACUGGUCUCUGGCGAUUUGACAUUUCCGAUUCCAUUCUGUCCAGAGUUUCACUUCUCUGAGUUCAACUCAGCUGUUGCUGACAUGAAAAAUUCUGUCGCUGAUCGUAGCAAUGCAUUGUCCUCAUGUGCGGGGCUUUUUAUCCUAGCACAUCUUGGAUUUGAUUAUCCUGGUGUCUGGAUGCACGUCGAUAUGGCUGCUCCAGUUCAUUGUGGAGAAAGAGCAACCGGCUAUGGCGUAGGCUUUUUGGCAUCCUUAUUUGGUCGAUACAGCAACAGCACUUUACUUCAGAGCAUUAGCCCGGUCAUUGAUGAAGAUAUAGCCGAAGAUGCGAGAGAAAAUGAAAAAAAGAAAAUGCGGCUGAAUUGAAUCGAUUAUACUGUUUAACUGACGUAGGAUGUUGAAAAUUGGAGCUGGCCUUUAAUGAUAAUUUUCAUUGCUUAUCUAGGCAAUGAAGUGAUUUUGAUGGCGUAGCUCUCCUAGGGGUAGCUCUGGUGUAAAGAGUGUUUCCUAAUUGG